ACCUAUUUUGACAUUAAGACUUUUCUCUCUUCUCCGCUGGGUCGAUCUCUACGAGGUUCACUUGUACAGAUUCACUUGAACAACCGAUUCGCCAUGGCCACCGCCGUCACAGCACCGAGACUCAUCUCCUUGAAAUCCGCCGCGAAGCUAGGUUACCGUGAGAUCUCUCAGGUCCGGCAAUGGGCUCCGCUUCACUCUGCGAUGCCUCGUUUCGGAAUACUACGAUGUGGAUCGUGACAGCCGUUUUCUACCUCUGUUGUGAAAGCUCAAGCGACUGCUACUGAGCAAUCACCAGGCGAAGUUGUUCAAAAAGUGGAAUCUCCAGUGGUCGUUAUCACUGGUGCCUCUAGAGGGAUUGGUAAAGCAAUUGCUCUAGCCUUGGGGAAAGCUGGCUGCAAGAUUGAAGAAUAUGGUGGCCAGGCUAUCACUUUUGGGGGUGAUGUCUCGAAAGCGGCUGAUGUGGAUGCAAUGAUGAAAACCGCUCUUGAUAAAUGGGGAACCAUUGAUGUUGUGGUUAACAAUGCAGGAAUUACUCGGGAUACCUUGUUAAUACGAAUGAAGCAAUCGCAAUGGGACGAAGUGAUUGCUUUGAAUCUCACUGGUGUAUUUCUCUGUACUCAGGCAGCAGUAAAGAUCAUGAUGAAGAAGAAAAAGGGAAGAAUCAUCAAUAUUUCGUCAGUUGUUGGUCUCAUUGGUAAUAUUGGUCAAGCAAACUACGCUGCAGCUAAAGGUGGAGUUAUUGCGUUUUCCAAGACUAUUGCCAGAGAAGGUGCGAGCAGGAAUAUAAAUGUCAAUGCGGUUUGCCCCGGAUUCAUUGCAUCUGACAUGACUGCCGAGCUUGGAGAAGACAUGGAAAAGAAAAUCCUGGGAACAAUCCCAUUAGGACGGUAUGGAAAAGCUGAAGAAGUGGCUGGUUUGGUAGAAUUCUUGGCUCUCAGUCCUGCUGCCAGUUACAUAACCGGACAGGCAUUCACCAUUGAUGGAGGUAUUGCUAUCUAGACAUUUGGUAUGAUCCGGCUUUUGUUUAGUUAAAACAAUUUGGUUAAACAGUCAAAGUUGAGUUCUUUCUAGCAAUUGGUCGGAUUUUCUAUUUUGCGGUUUCUCUAUGGAAAUAUCUAAAACUAUCUCCUUAAACUACGUAUUUGGCCACUUCAAGUUUUUCGUAAACAGAGCAGAGAACUUUGCCAGAUAAUAUUUUGUACUA